AGGCUUCUGUGGCUGGGGAAGGCAGUCUUGGGGACCAUGUACACUCAGAGGGAUGGCCCCUUCCUGGGGCAGUGGUCACUGUUGCUGCUGCUGCUGGGCCUGCUGAUACCUCCAGCCACUGCUCAAACCCUCAGCUACCAGGAGGCUGUGCUCCGUGCUGUGGAUGGCUUCAACCAGAGAUCCUUGGAUGACAAUCUUUACCGCCUCCUGACUCUAGAAUCCAGGCCCCCUGAGGAUGAGGACCCAGAUACCCCCAAGCCUGUGAGGUUCACAGUGAAGGAGACAGUGUGUCCCAAGACAACACAGCAGCCACUGCAGCAGUGUGACUUCAAGAAGGAUGGACUGGUGAGACGGUGUGUGGGGACAGUGACCCUCGACCAGGCCAGGGGCUCCUCUGACAUCACCUGUGAUGUGGUGCCCCAGCAUUUCAAGAAAGUUGCCCAGCUGGGUAGCUUUCUCCAAAGAGGCGGGCAGAAGACUGGUGAAAAGCUUGAGAGACUUGGCCAGAAAAUCAAGGAUUUUUUUCAGAAUCUUGCACCCAUGGAAGAGUCCUAGGGUCUACCUUGCCCUGCUUCUGAACUCUGAAGAAUAAACUCUGUGAAAGCAAAUU